AUGCCGGGGUUUUUUAAUGACUGCUAUCAAACAGCCACCAAGGGAGCCCCCCCGCCUACCACGCCGGCAAAGGCCGCGUCACCUAGCAAGAUCUCAGCCUUAUCGACCGCGCGAGGUAUCCCAGCCCCCAAGCCUGAGAAGAAGGGCUUUGUGUUUACCCCCGUCCGAGUCACCUCAGCUGGCCGCACGCUCCCAGGUUGUUGGAUUCCAGACUCCGGCGCAGUAGGAAAGUCCCCCGGCGACUUGUCCCCAGCAACAAAUGACGCUGGGCCCCUCGGCAUUGACUUAACUGGACUAGGCGUUGAGGACAACGAUCGCAAUCGUCCGUCAGAUCUCUGCGGUGAAGAUUCACCUGUCACUCCAUUCCGCGUACCCCCUGGCGAAGAAAACGACGAGCUGGACACGACUGAUGCAGAAUCCGAGGACCCGGCCCGCAUGUCGGCCGAUCAUUUGCUCCGAUCGCAUCCCUUGACUUGCCACACUCCAACCACCGACGCCUCUGCAGGCUCGACUUCUGCCCCAACCUCGGUAACCCCGGUGAUCCCCACGCCUGCCACAGCUAUCACCGGUCCCCAAGCCGCCUCCGAUGGCCCGGCGCCCCCGGAGGAAAGCUAUGAUGACCAACACUCGUCCUUGGAAGAUUUGGAGCCCUCGCCUUUGGCUAUUUUGCGCUCCAUGGUGCCCCCCACUCAGGAGAUUUGA